AUGGAAGCCUUGGAAGGGAAGCUCUCCCCCAGGACGACAAUACCCAAAGAAGAAGAUCGUCCACAAGCAUAUGAGGAAUCCAAACGAGGAGGCUGGAUUACCAUCCCCUUCAUUACAGGAAGCAUGAUGGGUCUUUCCAUAGCAGCCGCUGGGUGGGCGUCGAAUCUGAUAGUUUUUUCAAUAACAGAAUUUAACGUGAAAAGCAUAACCGCUACAAAAAUAUCCAACGUCGCUCUCGGUUGCAGCAAUCUCUUUCCCCUCGCCAGUGCCAUCAUUGCCGACUCUUUCUUCGGCUCUUUCCCUGUUGUUUGCUUCUUCGCCUUCGUUUCCUUACUGGGAAUGAUCAUGUUCACCCUAAUGGCAACAAUACACACCUUGAGGCCAGCACCAUGUGCAAUUGGUUCAUACACGUGUGAAACCCCAUCAAAUCUUCAAUAUGCAGUCCUCUACAUGACCUUAACGCUUGCUUCACUGGGACUUGGAGGCACGCGCUUCACAAUUUCGACCAUGGGAGCCCAGCAAUUAGACAAGAACAAAGAUCAAGCAACAUUCUUUGGCUGGUAUUAUCUUACUUUGUACGUUGCUAACAUAAUCAGCUUCACUGCAAUUAUCUAUAUCCAAGACAGCGUGAGCUGGGGAUUAGGGUUUGCAUUAUGCGCCCUUGCAAAUGCCAUUGGCUUGGCCUCACUUGUCCUGGGAAAGAGACUGUAUCGCCAAGUUAAGCCAAAAGGAAGCCCUUUCAUGAGCAUAGCUCGUGUCCUGGUUGCAGCCAUUAGGAAAAGGAAAGCAUCGGGAACUUUUGGAAGCCAGGAUUAUUAUUAUUCGGGAGCCACCCAGAUAUUAAAAAUGGAAGACAGUUCAUCAACUAAAAGGUUCAGAUUCUUAAAUCGUGCAGCAUUGAAAACCGAAAGCGACAAACAAUCAGACGGCUCGUAUGCAAGAUCAUGGAGUCUAUGCACUAUGGAAGAAGUGGAAGACCUCAAAAGCGUACUCAAAAUUAUGCCACUUUGGUCUGCUGGCCUUUCUUCAUGUACCGCAAUAGGUAUCUUUAGUAGCCUCACAAUACUCCAAGCCCUGACCAUGGAUCGACACCUUGGGUCCCAUUUCAAAAUCCCAGCUGCAUCAUUCCUCGUCUUCAACCUGUUAGGAACAACCAUCUCAAUCUUCCUCAUUGACCAUUUCCUCCUCCCCACGUGGCAAAUUCUCACCCGUCGAUCUAUGACACCCCUCCAACGUAUUGGAAUUGGCCACGUCAUCAGUAUCCUUGCCUUUGUAGGGUCUGCCCUGAUUGAAACUAGGCGGCUAAAUGUGAUCCGAGCCCAUAAACUCAGAGGCCAACCCGGCAUGAUUGUGCCCAUGUCGGCCCUAUGGCUUGCGCUGCCACUCGUCCUCAUAGGCGUUGGAGAGGGAUUUUAUGUCCCAGGAUCAGUAUUGUAUUAUCAAGAAUUUCCAGAAUCUUUGAAAAGUACAUCCACGGCUAUAGUAUCUUUAGUAAUUGGAAUUGGGCUUUAUCUAAGCACGGCGAUUAUGGAUCUGAUAGAUAGAACCACUGAAUGGUUACCGGAUAAUAUUAAUGAUGGGAGAUUGGAUUAUGUGUAUUGGGUAUUGGUGGCGAUGGCGGUGGUGAAUUUUGGCUACUUUUUAAUAUGUGCCAAGUUGUUCAAGUACCAACGUGAGGAGGACCAUGAUCAUGGGCCUUCUGGGCUGGCCCACUCAUGA